AUGAAAGGUGUACAACAGGAAUUUGAUGACAACUAAAGAGAAAAAAGUGAAUAAAUAAGUGUAAAGGAACGCGCCUGCUAGACAGUCGUAAAUACAACGUUGUUGUUUUAAGUACAUAAUCGCGCAACACUUGCAUAAGCAAACAUAUAUUGCCACGUCAAGGACUGCUGAACACAUUGAGAGAGAUGUCGUCUUAUGCUGUCUUACUUUUUAUUUUUACAACUGCUACAGUUUUGUCGUGUGUUGAUUCAUUAGUUUGGUCAAACUGGAAUACAUGGAGUGCAUGUGGUGUGUAUGAUUAUGCGCGUCAGACAAAAUAUAGAAAAUGUUUAAAUAAAGAAGGCAAAGAUUUGAACGAGACUCAAUGUACUGGGAUAUCAAAAAGAACACGUCAAUGUGAGAAAUGUUCGCAUUCGUUGCUCAAUGGAAACUUCCUUGAUUUUAAAAUCACAUCAUCACGAAAGAAGACAUUAGUUCAACAAAUGUUCUGCCUAACUAAAGAUGAAUAUGUUCAAAUUUCUUUUAAGAACUUUGUCCGUUUAACAGGGUUAUUUUUAAAACAGAACGGUAGUUUUGACAGCAAGUAUGAGUUGAAAUAUAGUUAUGAUGAAAAAAAAUGGUUUGAUUAUAUCAGCAAAGACAACGAAAUAUAUAUGAACAAUGUAAAGAAAAGCUUUUUGUCACCUAUUGUCACGCGAUCCAUUCGUGUUUACACCACUGCGCGUGCGUGCUUUAACAUAGACCUCUAUGGCUGUGGUUACAAUUGCGGUGGAUUAUUUAAGAAUGACGCUGUCAAGAUACAGUCACCUAAAGCUUCUGCAAGUGAAGAAGAGUUGCAAUGCCUCUGGAGGAUUGAGUCCAAGUUAGCGAUAAAGCAACAGUUUAAAUUUCCUUACUUUAAAAUCCACUGUAAAAAUAGUAUGUUGGAAUUUUAUGACGGAGCUCUACCGUUUACCCCCAAGAAUGACGUAAACUUGGUGGAGGCAUUUUGUGGCCAUUCAGGCGAGGUUUCUUCCCAGACCUACGAUGGAGGAGCUAUAUGGAUGUAUUACUAUAGUAACAGUACCGACAAUACUGUUGGUUUUCAACUUGAGGUGAACAGUAUUGCUGUAGAAAAAAAGAAUAAAACCUCCGGCUCAGUGGUGUUUCCACCAUCAGGACACUCCAAUGUCUUUCGAUAUAGUUGGAUUAUAACAGCUCCAAGAGAUAAUGACACUAUUAUUAUGACACUAAAAUACUUUCAAAGCAAUAACAGCUUAAUGAUUACUGGAAAUUGCUAUGGUGAUCACGUUAUAAUUCGCAAUGGUGAUGGAGACGACGCUAUAGUUGGAGAAUUUUGCAACGUAAAAACUAAAAACAAAGUAUUCACAUCAACGAAAGGUCUGAUGAAAAUUAAGUUCAAGUCUAAGUCUAGAAAUCCAAAGUGGAGGAUUGCUUUCUCCUAUCAAGUGAAAGGUUAUCCUUUGAAUAAGAUUAACAUAAACACAGCAACACCAACACAAAAGGGUACAAUGGACUUCUCGCAAAAACACGAGAUGAGUGGAAAAACGACCCCCUUGAAAAAUGAAACAAUAUUACAAGAAAGUCUUAGAAAACAAGUAGCAGACACGUCCAAUCAUCUACCUAUCAUCGUAUCAAGUGUUGUUGUUGUCAUAGCUAUAUUGUGUAUAAUAGCUCUAGUUUACUACUUCAGGAGGCGCAAAGAAUGCCAACGAAAACACCCUUAUGACUGCAGCAAUCGCCCCAUAUCACAUUUCGGGGAACAUGAUGCCACGCCUUUCAUUAAUUCAAACCUUCUCAUGUGGAAUGAUUCAAAAAAUAUCGAUAAAUAUAAAAAAUAUCGACCGGUUGUAGAAGUGAAGUUGAGCGAGAGCGAACCACAGCGUUGGAGUAUUAUUUCUCAGGAAAUGUCAAAGUCGGAAAGUAAAGUUUCCAUUCAAAGUUGUGGAAACGAAAAAUGCGCGACUUUGGUAGUAAGUGAUAACUUCACGGAAGAAUGCAUGACUCUCUUAAAUAAUAACUUAAUCUCAACCAUAAAAGAUUUUAAUGAAGAAAUUGAAACGGAAAUAGAUUACCCAUCAAAUAAUUCAAACGCAAGUCUUCCUGAGGCAGAUCGUCAAACACUGCCCAUCGCUAAAGAGGACAACGGAAAAAUUGGAACAGAAAGUGUUGAAAAAGAGUGCGAGGGAGCAGUUGAAAAUCAAUAACUGAAGUUAGAAGUGUUUUCUAAUUUCAGUGAGUAUUUCCAGAAACAAAAACAUUUUAUUGAAAAAAAACUUAAAGUCUAAAACAGUUAAAAUAACAUGGUACGUUAAUUAUUGAAACUUAUCAAGACUUCUAAAUACAAAAACUAUACAUAUUAUAUAUAACAGUGAGAAGUCUAAUGUACUACAUUAAAAAUAAUUGGUAUAUUUUUUUAACUACAUAACGUGAAACUAAUUAAUAUACAACACUAUAAUUAAUUACAUGGUUACUAAAGAUUA